AUGACACGCCUUUGGGUCCUCUGCUUUGUCUUUCUCCCCUACUCCUUGUCCUAUCCCGAAAGCUGGAUGCCCCUUAUAAACCUUACUCACCGCAUCCUCCGUGAUACCAACUCGUCCUUGUUUUCCAACUGCUGGGUCUGCUUGUCCACGCAAACCCAAAGGUCCCUAGCGGUCCCAGCCCCUCUGUCCACUUGGACAGAUACACCCAUGAAGCUUCACCUUACCUACUCAGUCAAGCCCUUCGCCGGCACCUUUCCCAUUACUCAGAUUGAGAGGCACCUCCGCCUCUUCCACCCGCUGACCGCCUCCUACUCUUUCCACAAUCCCGACCGAAGGGCUAUUGCUUUUCUUCAGCUCGUCAGCUCAACAGGCAUAUUUCCCAUCAUCACCCGCCUGACGCCUGUGAUAUAUCCUGAUAAGGACCGCUUCUUCGAAGCGACCCAACGCCCUUUAUGGGGACCACUCUUUACUGAGACUCUCCUCACAUCGCAGGCCCCGCUCUGCAUCUCCCGCUUCUUCAAGGUCUCAGCGCAUGCCACUUUUGUAGGCACCCUCUCUGCCUCUCUCUGCAACUACACCCUACACCUAUCACCUUCUGCCAGUCAUGAGAACCUAGAUCUGUCCACCAUCCAUCUAUUCAAACAGGCAAUGAGAAGACCAGACGCCAAAUGGAGAAACCCGCUCCGCUUUUCAGGACCCCCCUCCCUAAUCUUCUCAAAACCCUCUCCCUAUCCCUGUCCAACAGACACCAAAUACUGCCAUACCUCCCCAGCCACCCCCUGGAUGCGCUGUCCUCGCUCUCCCUCUGGAACCUGCUAUAAACUUACCCUAUAUGAAUCAGACAACUUAACUCACCCCAUUACUGUGUCGGUGGACCCUAUUCACCUCAAGGUCAAACUCCAGGGACACGGAGACCCCUAUCCACUCACCCAUUACCAGCCCCUCACAGGAGCUGCCCUGUCUGGACAAUAUUCCGUGUGGGAAAAUGAGAUCACUCUCCAGGAAAACUGGGAUGUCACCUCAAACAUAUUCUCACAUCUUCUUACCUUCUCCUACGCCUUCUGUCUCAACUCUUCAGGAGUUUUCUUCCUCUGUGGAACAUCAACUUAUGUUUGUCUCCCUGCCAACUGGUCCGGUGUCUGUACCCUUGUCUUCCAAUACCCGGAUAUUGAACUCCUCCCCAAUAACCAAACGGUGUCUGUCCCCCUUUUUGCUUCGGUUCAUCCCUCAGACUCAGCUUUUCGCCGGAAGAGGUCCCCUCACCUCCUCCCCUUCCUCGCAGGCCUGGGCAUCUCUUCUGCCCUUGGUACAGGCAUAGCUGGCUUGGCCUCCUCAACUUUCUAUUUCCAACAGCUUUCUAAGGCUCUCUCAGACACCCUGCAUGAAAUAGCUGCCUCUAUCACUACCCUCCAGAACCAAAUAGACUCGCUCGCAGGGGUUGUUCUCCAAAACCGAAGAGCUCUGGACCUCAUCACUGCCGAGAGAGGGGGCACCUGUCUCUUCCUCCAGGAGGAGUGCUGCUUCUAUGUAAACCAGUCUGGCAUAGUUCGAGAUGCCGCAAGGAAACUCCGAGAACUAGCGUCUGACCUUGGCCAAUAUUCUGACUCUUGGGGACUGUGGCCCGACACUGGACACUGGCUGCCCUGGCUGGUUCCCUUCCUGGGACCUCUCCUCUUCAUCUUCUUCCUGCUGACAUUUGGGUCUUGUCUCCUAAACUGCCUAACCCGUUUUGUGUCCCAGAGACUCGGCUCCUUUGUCCAGGACACCGCCAGAAGGCAUGUGGACAGCGUCCUCCAAAGUUCCCAAUAUAAGAGAUUGCCCCAAGACUCCCCAGAUGAGAACCCCAUUCCUGUGUAA